AUUCCCCUUCUAUUCUUCUCUGGGAACCUUUGACAUACCAUUACCAAUGAAACACAUCCUAAUGCACUUAUUAGCGUGAAAACUCUUUGGUUUGAGCCAAAGGUACUGCCAAAAGAGCUCACCAGGAAGGCACCCUUCCCGAGUAGACAUCCUUGUUAACCUCCAAAUUCUCUUUGCGUGAAAUUAGAGCCAUCAUCUGCCAAUUCAGAUGACUGCUAUACACCUUAAAUGACCACCAGUACCUUUAACUGGCGAGUAGAAAUGGGCAAGAGCUCUGGCCCUUUUGUUAGAGACCAGCGGCUAUCCAUAAUGAGGAGUAAUUCGCAGAAUUGCCAGAGCAGAUCCAAAAUUUCAACGCGGCGCUAAUGUUGAGCUUUCAGAGCCAAUGCCGAGUGAAAAUUUGUCUGGCGUUUGGCAUUUCCACAUCCACACAUUUUGCCAAGCGACGACUGUGCGUCAAUUUCCGAUUAUUAUGUUAAAAUGAUAAAGUUUUUCCUGGCUAUAAGCCGGCAGUGUAAAGUUCGUCUGGUAAAAUGGUUUGUUCCCAUUGACAGCAAGGAGAAAGCGACGAUAAUCAAGGAACUGUCGCAUCUCGUGGUAAAUCGCAACGCUAAGCAGUGUAACUUUUUGGAAUGGCGCAAGGACAAGAUUGUAUUUAGAAGAUACGCAAGCCUAUACUUCAUGGCCUGCGUGGACACAGAUACCAAUGAAUUGAUCGUUUUGGAGAUGAUUCAUCACUACGUUGAAUUACUCGAUUCAUAUUUUCGCAAUGUGUGCGAGCUAGAUCUGGUUUUCAACUUCCACAAGGCUUAUCACCUCUUUGACGAGGUCUUUAUAGAUGGAGACUUUUACGAAAGCAACAAAAGGGCAGUUCUGAGGUCUGUGGCCGCUCAGGACGCAAUGACAGAAAAGUCAAAGCCAUUUUCAUCGAAAACAGAAUCAUGAAAUAAAC